ACCCAUCGAAAAUACUUAUUGCGGAAAUUAUAAAGAUGCAAUCUUUACAAAUGGUCGUAUCUUGUGUAGGAGCACAAAUUAUCUACCAUCAUCUUGUGAACUCAAAACGAGUCGAUCUGUGCUGAUGCCUGGACCAAACCAAAAAUCGAUUCAACAUCAAUCCUAACGAAACAGAGCAAGAACAAAGCUUUCACCUCCUAUGCUGCAUCCUGGAACAGAGAUAGCCGUGCUAGUCCGUUGCUGGCGUCAAUAUAGAACCUUGUCCGAAGAUGGUAGUGCUCGUGCUCCGGUUCUAGCUUACCGAUGCUACCGCCUCUGAGCCUGCGCUGUUCAACUGCCAAAAGGUUCUCCGGGUCACUCGCUAAUGGAGCGACGUUCAGAGCACGUCCUUUCCCGGAGGUCUCUGGAUGUAUACCAAGGAGAUGGGCUCACAAUGGCAAGAACAGGGACCUGAGCAAAAUAUCGGCUUUCGGGAGAGAUAUGGAGGGGAGUAUAUACACUUUUCUAACUAUAGACCGCUGGGAAUCGUUGAACUACAUGGGAUAUAGGGUGGCUGCGCUGAGACCGGUUCAUGGGAGGCUGGCUCUGAGGUUCCUCAACUGGGUCAUGAAACAACCUGGCCUCAAGUUUGGCCACCUCACUCAUAUUUUGUCUGUAACGGCUCAUAUACUUGUCAGAGCUAGGAUGCAUGACUCUGCAAAAUCGAUUUUGAGACAGUUAAUGCAGAUGGGUCAGGGUCCACGCUCGGUAUUUAUUACCUUAAUGGACACGUAUCCUCUUUGUAACUCUAAUCCUUCAGUUUUUGACAUUCUCAUGAGGGUUUAUCUUGGAGAGGGAAAGAUUGGAGAUGCUCUGCAGAUCUUCUAUUUGAUUAUUUGUAGGGGAUUUAAGCCUUCAGUUGGUACUUGCAAUAAGGUCUUGGCUGCAAUGGCAAAGGACCAAGCAGCUGGUUCAGUAUGGUCAUUCUUCAGUGAUAUGCUUGAGAAUGGAAUUCGUCCUGAUGUUGCAACUUUCAAUAUCUUGAUCAAUGAGCUGUGUGCAGAGGGCAAGCUAAAGAAAGCCGGUUUGCUAUUGAGAAAGAUGGAAGAAAGUGGUUGUCACCCUACCAUUGUUACUUACAACACUCUCCUCAAUUGGUAUUGCAAAAAGGGAAUGCAUAGAAUGGCUCUUCAGCUUAUUGAAUAUAUGGAUGGCAAGGGUAUUAAAGCAGAUGUCUUCACAUUUAACAUACUUAUCGAUGGUUUGUGUAGGAAAAAUAUGAGUUCAAAGGGCUAUUUACUAUUGAAAAAGAUGAGGAAGAUGUUGAUAGACCCUAAUGCUGUCACUUACAAUACUCUUAUCCAUGGGUUUGUCAGGGAGGGGAAGACCGCAAUUGCUACUCGUAUUCUGGAUGAAAUGUCCAGUUCUAAUCUUUCUCCUAAUUGUAUUACUUACACUGCUUUGAUUGAUGGGCUUUGCCAAGAAGAAAAAUUUCAAGAAGCAAUGAAUGUUCUGAUGAAGAUGGAAAAAGAAGGGUUGACACCUAAUGAAACUUGUUAUGGGGCUCUUUUGAAUGGUUUAUCCAAGCACACACAAUUCAGUAUGGCAAAGAGUUGUCUUGGUCAGAUGAGAAGGAAUGGUAUUAUUGUUGAUCAGAUUCCAUAUACUAUGUUGAUUGAUGGAUUUUGCAGGAAAGGAUUGCUUGCUGAAGCUAUUGAAUUGUUUGAGGAGAUGCUAAGAGAUGGUUUAAUCCCUGAUUUACUUACGUAUUCAGCGCUCGUGAGUGGAUUAUGCCGGGUUGGGAAAAUAAAGAUUGCAAAGGAGAUCAUCUCUAAGAUGUAUAGAUCAAAGAUUCUACCAAAUAGUGUCAUUUUUCAAACACUUAUACACUACUUUUGCAAACAAGGAAAUGUCAUCGAGGGAUUGAGACUGUAUGCAGUAAUGAACUGUUGUGGCUACGAAGCAGACCAUUUAACAUGUGCUACCCUAAUUGCUUCUCUUUGCAGAAGUGGAAAAAUGGAAGAGGCAGAGUGCUUCAUGCAGCAUAUGCGACACAUCGGUCUAGAUCCUGAUUCUGUGUCUUUCGAUUGUCUGAUCAAUGGACAUGCAACAAAGGGUCAUUGGAUGAAAGCGUUUUCAUUUUGUGAUGAAAUGAUCAAAUCAGGAUAUCCUCCGAGCCCUUUUACUUAUGCAAGUCUCCUCAAAGGACUGUGCAAAGCAGGACAUGCGGAAGAAGCGAAGAAACUUCUUAUUAAAGUUGGACUUAUACCAUCUUCUGCAGAUACUCUAGUCUACAACUCAUUGAUACAAGAGUUGUGUGAAGGUGGAAAUCUUCAGGAAGCAUUGGCUCUUUAUCAUGGAAUGGUGAAGAAUGGUGUGCUGCCUGACGAUCACACAUAUUCAAGUCUUAUUGCUGGUUUUUGCAGGAAGGGCAGGAUAGUUGCUGCCAUUAUUCUACUUCAGUCAGCUGUUAGAUUGGGAAUUUCUCUCCCAUACAUGGUUUUGUAUACGUGCCUGAUUGAUGCUCUUUUCAAGGAAGGGCAAGGAAAAAUGGCUUCCUAUUACUAUGAAGAGAUGUUAAAAAGUGGUUUCCACCUUGACACAAUUGUUUUCAAUGUAAUGUUAGAUGGAUAUUCAAGGAUGGGAAAAAUGGGGGAGGCAAUUGAUUGUGUUUCAAUGAUGAGGAGAAACAAUCUAUCUCCAAAUUUGGCCACUUACAAUAUUCUCUUGCAUGGGUACUCAAAGAAAAGGGAACUGGGGAUGUGCCUUAGAAUACACAAAUUAAUCACCAAUAAAGGUUUUAAGCCUGACAAAUGGACAUGGCAUUCUCUGAUUCUUGGUCUUUGCAAGUCAGGUCUUCUGGAAAUUGGAAUUAAAGUUUUGAAAAAGAUGAUAGUCGAGGGCAUCAUACCUGAUCGACUUACGUUCAAUAUGCUUAUAAGCAAGUGCUGUGAACGUGGUCAGAUGGGAUUGGCACUUGAUAUGUUUGAUGUGAUGAUUAUUCUUGGGUAUGAUGACCUUGAUACGUACCGAUCCAUUGUCAAUGGUCUGCACAAGAAGUCAGAUUUUAAUGCUUCCUGCACUAUGAUGCAUGAAAUGCUGAAAAGGGGUAUUCCUUCUUACAAGCAAUAUAUACGUCUAGUUAGUGGCAUGUGUAAAGCAGGGAAUGUACGAGCAGCAUUCAAGUUAAAGGAUGAGAUGAAGGAACUUGGUGUUGUUACUCCUGAUGUUGCCGAAAGUGCAAUAGUUAGAGGACUUGCGCGCUGUGGGAAGUUUGAGGAAGCAAAGCUAGUCCUUCAUCACAUGAUUGGGAUGCGUCUCAUCCCUACUCCUGCUACCUUCACUACUCUGAUGCAUAUGUCAUGUGAAAAUUUCGAUAUUGAAGGGGCCUUGAAGUUAAGGAGUAUCAUGGAACACUCUGGCAUAAAGCUGGAUGUUGUCACCUACAAUGUUCUUAUUAAAGGCCUCUGUGCUGGUGGUGAUGUGAUUUCUGCAGUCGAGUUAUAUGAGGAGAUGAAAAAUCAGGGUCUCCUACCAAACUGUACGACAUACACUAGUCUAAUAAAUGCCAUUUCUACCAAGGGUAGUGCAGUUAAUGCUGAAACACUUUUGGUUGAUUUAAAAACAAGGGGGUUUUCAUCUUGGGACAGAAAUGCUAACAAUUGGCGAGAGGAAUUGGUGACUGCCGUGAGAAAGAUUAAAUAUAUGAGUUGUCGAAGCAGGAAAUGAUACCUAAUUGAAGAUAAUUUGACCUGAUGUUGUUAACAUGGGGCAAAUUUAUUUAAGCUGUUCUUGGGGAAGCAUGGCUUCGUUGUAGAGUACAAAGAGAAGAUUGUGCUCCAGCGGCUAUCACAAAACGCCAUUCAACUUGGCACGGCAGGUA